AUGCCGCGGUGCAUCGCAUCGACAGCACGCACGUCCGAGGGAGCCGCGGGGGGGAUAGGCAAGAGUAGGCAACAGAUCGGCUAAGUGAAUGGCGACUGUCUUUGCGUCCCGCGCGAUCUCGACGGUAUUAUGGUAUUUGUCACACCCUUUUCACUUGUUCAUCACCUGUGGCUCCUCUGUGUUGCUCCUGUUAUUUUUUUUGUCGGUUACCAACACCAGCCUUGGGAUAAGAAAGCAGUACAUAAGGUGUCUCCUGAAACUCUUUGAGUAUGGCCGAAUAAAAAUUGAACGAGCCAAUCGGCAGCGCCUCAGACAAGAUGAAAGUGCAGACGACCUGGAAGGUUUGGAUUCUGAUCUAAUGAACACCACUUCUUCAGUGAUCACGAGAGAUGAUGUCAUUGUUGGAGCUGAGCAGCCAAUUAUUGACAUCCCACUCAAGGAAUAUCAUCUCGGUGACAUCACAUACUUCAUCAAGAAAGGUGUUGAGGCCAUCAUUGAUGAUGUGGUGACCAAGCGGUUUGCUACUGAAGAGCUACCCUCUUGGAAUUUGCUGACCCGUACCAACAGAAACUACACAUUUGUCAGUUUUCGGUUAACAGUCAUCUGGUGCAUUGGCUGUCUGCUGCGCUAUGUCAUCCUCUUCCCAAUGAGGGUGGGACUGACAUGCGUUGGAAUGAUUUGGCUUAUCUGCUGUACUGCCAUAUUGGGAUAUUUUCCAGAGGGUCGACUCAAGCGAUUCCUGUAUUGGCACGUCAGUCUGAUCACUUUCCGGAUUCUUUCAAGAGCAGUGUCAGCCAUAGUCACAUACCACAACAGGGAAAACCGUGCCAAGCCUGGUGGCAUCUGUGUUGCAAAUCACACUUCCCCUAUUGAUGUGGCUAUGCUGGCAAGUGACAAUUGUUAUGCAUUGGUGGGCCAGACCCAAGGUGGGUUCAUUGGUGUUAUCCAGACAGCUUUGAACAAGGCAGCCUCACACAUUUGGUUUGAACGAGCUGAAAUCAAGGACAGGCAAGCAGUUGCCAAGAGACUCCGAGAACAUGUUGAAGAUCCUACAAAGCUGCCUAUUCUCAUUUUUCCGGAAGGUACAUGCAUCAACAACACAUCAGUAAUGCAGUUCAAGAAGGGCAGCUUUGAAGUUGGCGGCACCAUCUACCCAGCGGCUAUCAAGUAUGAUGCACGAUUUGGAGAUGCCUUUUGGAACAGCAGCAAGCAGAACUACAUCCAUUACCUGGCUAUGAUGAUGUCAUCGUGGGCCAUAGUAUGCGAUGUGUGGUACUUGCCACCCAUGAAGAAAAAAGAUGAUGAGUCAUCAGUGGAGUUUGCCAACAGAGUCAAGUCUAAGAUUGCCGAGCAGGGUGGCCUUCUCGACCUUAACUGGGAUGGCUUGCUCAAGCGCACCUAUGUCAAGCAGGAGUGGAAGGAGCAGCAACAGAAGGACUUCAGCCAACGCCUCAAGCUGACGUGAGCCUCAGCAAGGAAAGAGACUGUUUGGGCACACAUGUACAUAGCGUGGGUUGGCUUAAUUUCUACACUGGGCUCUUUCUGCUGCAUGCCAACCAGUGAGAGUGGUUCAGCAGAGGUGAUAGUUUAUUCAUGUGUAGACAACACUAUGUACAAUCAUUGUGAUCAGUUCUGUACUCAGGCUAUAUAUAUAAAUGCUGUUCAGCGUUUGGCGUAGCUUGCUGGGCAGGUCACAUCUGCUUGCAAGUUGGUUCAAACUGUGAUAACAUGUUGGCCUUUAAGAGGGGAAAAAAAAAAGAGGCAGCACCUGCUGAGUUGUUGAUGGGAUGACAUGUGCUAUCUCUAAUACCUCAAUAAAGUUAAGUUUUGGCUGCACAAAACAAAUUUGCUGUGCUCAUGGCUAAGAUGUGAUGUAUGAUAAUUACUACAAGAUGUGAUGAGGCUUGCAUGCAGGCUGUUGAAGUGCCAUUGUACAACACAGAAAUUCACUUUCAUUCUCAGUGAAUGGAAGUCAGUGACUUUCCAGGAAACUAAAAUGCACACGAUGACUUGCACACCAGUCUGCCUAGACAUGGCAUCAAGGCUGUCCAAGUGCAACUAGAAUAGUUUGUUCUUUGGAGUGUCCCCACUUAUACGAUGGAUGACCUUUGGAAAGCAAUGCUAGGAAGUAGACUUCUUGCGAAAGUAGUUCAGUAUUCUUUGCCAGUGGGAUAUGUUGCGAAAAGACACUGUUGGCUUGACACUUGGAGUGGGACCAGAGUCUGUGGUGUGUGAAGAAUCUGUUGUCUGCUGCUCAACUGGUUCCCGGCCAUGUUUGUUGCGCUUCUUGAGCUUUUUGUACUUGUUACGCACCAAGUGUGAUUUAGUGUGGGAAAUCAUGGCUCGCUUGAGUUGCAGAACAAUAUCCACAACAGCCUUGGCCACUUCAGUCGGUGUUGCUUCUUUCUCAGACAGGACAGACCACUUCUCUUCAGUGAUGCCAUGGGGAGUCUAAAGAAAAAGUGCAGCCAGAAAAAAGGGAAAAAAUACCAGACAUAGGUUAGAAGUCACUCUUUGCAUAAAGCAUUUCGUACUACUCUCACCUCUAAGAUCUUGAGAGGCACGCCAAACUGACCACCAGCUGCUCCUCCAGUCGAGACUACAGGCACAACAAAGUGAUCACUCCAGACGAAUUGUUCAACCUCGUGAGCUGCACAAGGACCACCUGAAACGCAAGCAUUGUACCACUGUUGUAUCUCCUGUUUCCCAUGUCUGUUUCAUAAAACUUCUACAAUAACAGGAUGGUAACGAUACUUUACUGCCUUAUUAAUGGUUAUUUAUGUAUUGAGCAGGCUAGGACUCAUAACUCCUAACAGUUUUUCAGCAAGGGUGUAUUAAUGACAAAAAAGUUGCUGCAGUCAAACUUCAAUAUGUUUAUCUCAUGUUAAAAAGCUUCUGAAAUAUUGAUACUUGUUAAGACCGCAGUGUGAGAGUUUAAGAACAUCAUUGGGUUACAGCUUGGAAAAUGUUCAGACAUUGAAACAUCUGCAACCUGUCUUGGAUAAUGUUCAAACCAGUUGGCAAAGGAUAACUGUGUGACUACAGAGCAGAAAACGCACAAAUGACGGAACACAAACGACGACGACGAUUAGCUUUAGACUAAGAAAGAGCAUUUAGUACUGGAAAUGAACUUGAAUAAUGUGGCAAAUUGGGCUUGUUGGUACAUUAUUCAGGUGCACUACAGCGCACGAAAUAGGAUAGAUGGAACACAAAUGACAACAGCACUUGUCAUCAUCAUUUUUGUUCUGUUCAUUGUGCGUUUUCAGUGCUGUAGUGCGCCCGAUGAAUGUACCAACAAGCCCAACUCAACACAUUAAUAACUCUGGCACUUCUACCCAUGUCGCUUGAACUCAACUGUUUGGAAACAACACUGAAUGUUUCUGUACAGCAACUGAGAACGCAUGAGUGACCUGGUAGAUGGAGUAAAUUCGUGGUUUGAGAGCACCUUCAAUUCGAUGAACGUUCCCUUGCUUAAAUGCUAUAUUGGGUCUGCCAUGUCAGCCAGACCAAAUAUUGGGUUUUGCAGUCAGCCUGUAGCAACAAUGUAACAAUGAAGAAUAAAGUAAUAUUAACAAUGCAGACUAAGGUUGGAAAGUGUAGUGAAGAGCUUUGUGUCAAGUUGCAUGCCGACUAAUCCACAGCAGGAAAAUCCCAUGAUGCAUGCUCAUCCAGUCUGUGAUGUGAACCUCUUAUUUUUUAUUUUUUUUGCAAAAGUACACAAUAGAAGUUUCUCCGUGAUUUCUUCAGUGCCUUCCAUCAACGUAUCAUUGCAAAGAAGAGUGUAAGGUGCUACAACUGUAUAAGGCCGCCUUUAGAAGAUGCUGGCAAGAGCUUUGUGCAGUUUUGCAGAAUCUGUUAGUUUUUCUAUAAUGCUAAGUUCCUCUGUCUUUCUCCAGAGUUUAACAUAAUGAAGUUUGACUGCGGUUUGUUGAGGACUAGUGUUGAUGAUUUGAGCACCACGUUAUAGUAUAUACUAGUGUUGACAUUCUGAGUAAGUGUGGAAUACCGUGUCUGUACUUUUGUUUAAAUAGCAGGUGUAAGAGCCUGUGCUAGGUGCACACUACUCUUGUCACUCUGAUGCAUGCUGCCUCACCUUCUACCACAAUGCAGGUGUCGAAAGCGCGUGCCACUGCACUUUCACGCUCUUUAACUGAAUUCCCAAGGAACAAGUUUCGCCCAUAGUUCACUGCAGCGAAAGAACCAUCACUGUUUUGCUGUACUUUCCCAGUGAAAAUCUGAAAAAGAUGAGCUAAAGUUAGUUUUGUGAAAAUAAACUUCAACUAAUCAAUAUUCAACCUUGUCAUCACGCUUUGGCAGUAUGUGGAAGACUCGAGGGUCAGUGUGACCAUUGUUUACUCGGCAUUCAUGAAACAUCCUUGCUACAACAUCAGGUGCACCAAAAAAUCCUCCCGUCACAACAGCCAGGUUUGGCCUCUUCGCAAGCUCCUUGCCAAUCUCCCUGGGAAUUAGAAGCAGGAAAAAAAAAAGGUUAAAAUCAGCAGAAAAGAUAGUGUGAAGCAGUUGAUCUGUCUGUUUUUUACUAAUGCCCUAACAUAAUGUGGAAUUCUGCUCGUUUCUUGGCAAGCAAGGGCUAAUUUUGGUGGGAUUCACUGAGUGUGCACUACUAUAUGUAACAAAAGCAUUGUAAUGGAUAUUGUAACUUCCAGCAUUGUAGCAAGUGUGGGUGCAAUUAACUGCGAUCAGCAGAGUACAUUUGGUGUGUAUGUUCAUUAUUACCAUGUACUAUUUUUGUCAAACUAAAGCUGAGGCAGCCUACAGCUUGCAGAUUUUGACCUGGCUUUCACUGGACUGUGUGCUGCAGCAUGUGUGGAUGUAGCCGACUCAUUUAGCAUAGGGCAUUCAAACUUAGCCAAAUUGGCUGUGGAUAUCAGGCGGACCUGGUAGAUGCAGCAUUAAAUUCAAUCUGAGACAAACAAGACAAACAGUGUUCAGUUUCAUACUAGUGGAAGUGGGUCCUACUUAUACAUGGCAGGUGGAUUUGGUGCUUUUUGCAUGUGUCUGUAUUUUGUUUUUGCUUAUGACUACCUGCCAGUUACUCACAGCCGCAAAAAUAUGAGCACAUGUUUCUCUGAUAAACCUUUGCAUUUUGCACCCCACAGUGCUUAUGCCAUUGACAUAGUAUAUUUGUUUAAAGAUACAAACUUUAUAGCAUUUAAAAAGAAAUACCUUUUGUGUCUGUGUGUGGUCAGCACUUCUGGUCACUGUACUCAGUAACCUUGCUGUUUCCUCUUUCUUUUCAUCAAUAUGUUUGUCCUGUUUGUUUACACAUUUACUGCUCUAGUAAAACCUUUCACUGGUCUAGUAUAAAAAGUGCAGCUGUCUGGCCUUUUGAAUUUUAUGCAUGUAACAAAUGUACCAGUUUAUUCCAUAAUCCAGUUCUUAUUAGCAGUUUUUUUUUAGUAAAGCAAGUUUGACAUAAAAACAAAAGUCUUUUACUUUGUUUGGUAGGGAUAUCACAUUUACUCUAUUGAGUGAUCAAAAUUAUUGUCUCUUGCUAUCCUUAUAAAUUAAGGAUGUAUUAUGAGGGUUUGUGGAUAUAAACUGUCACAGUGGGCCAAACGGUGGUUAUUAGUAUGCAGUCUUUCUAAUUUCUCUGCUCUGAUGCACAAGAUGACAGUUUUCCUUGUUUUUUUUCUUGUAAGAGCAUGAGAGAUAUUGAAUCAUUUAUAUGCCCUACUUUACGGCAGAUCAGGUACAGCAACUUUGUACAUACGCACAAGACACAUGCAUUUUAUUCGGGCCACAGUCUGACCUUUGUCUCAUGCUUUCAUCUCAUGACACACCACCUGAAAGCUAUGUGUUCUUGUUGGCUAGAGCAGCAAAAUUGUGUGCUAGUUGAAAUGACUCAUAGUGUGGUAGUGCUACUUUAAAAGUUCCUGUGUUCAGCAACAACUUAAUUGCAGGCUUCAUCGAUUCGGUGAGGGGGUUAUCUAUCACUAAUGAAACCGAGGCUGAGUUCAAUGAGAAGCUGGUGAUGCAACAUGGUUGAUGCACAAACAUUGCACUUCUCAGUAAAUUGAUAAAGUACACAUUCGUUAUGAGGAAAAUAAGAUAAAUGCAACAGUUUGUGCACAGUUGACAUUCUAGAAAAGUUUGUUAUUCAUCAUGGAUGACAAUGUCAAUCUGCUGUGUGUUUCAUAGCAUUUAAGAGUGAGUGACUUGAUAAGACCAAUGUGUCACACUUGUGCAACUGGAACAUAAAUGUACUAGUGAUUGGUUCACUGUCAAUCUUUGUGGCCCAUGUAAAGCUUUUGUUGUUUUUUUAUUGUGUUAAAAUACAGUGUUAGUCUGAAUUAUUAUAUUUUAUUGUACUUACUUAAUUGAAAUGGGAAUUUAUAAAACUUUCUUCAUAUUGCAUUUUUUCGUUGUCUAGGCAAGCACAUAUGAAUGCACUUAUAAGUAAGCUAGCACAGCCCUUUCCGGCUGCAUUAGUCAAUGAGCGCAUGCCGAUUGGCAGAUGAUCGUGUUGACUGAGGCUGUAAAAUGAAGUGUGGCAGCUUGGGCUAGUUGUCUCUGUGUCGUCGUUUUGUUUUCGCGCUAUAACUAUCGUCAUGUAAAAUGAACCCUGCAUUUUCAGGUACAGGGCUCCGCUAAGAAGCACAGCAGAAUGCCCUGUACGUAUUGUGUGUGUUUAGACAGCAUCUAUUUGAAGAAUUAGGGGACCUCUGGAAAAACAUAUAAUUGAUGUGGGUAUUUUUGUGUAUAUUAUUGCCUUGCUGAAAACAGGCCACUGGAAAAGUCACUGCCAUUGGCUGUGCUAAACAAACAAGGCAUCAUACCUAUGGUCUUCUAUUUAGGGAUUUCUUAAAAACUUUGCUAAAUGAGUACUUCUGUCCAUGGUAUGCUACGUUAUUAUUUCACUGGUGAGAAUCUUGUCCAUUGAUUCUGCACAUGUUCUAUGUACAUGUUGGUGAGGAAUGGUAAAGCCACCUUUGAAGCAAUGACUACAGCACACCAGAGACUUUUGUGAGAUGUAAGCAAUUAGGACUACUUGUCCAGGACAGCAGAAGCUCAGCUAUGGUGGGCUGGAAUGAUACCGUGCACUCCUGUUGUUGCUUCAUUGGGCAUUUUCCUCUUUACUUGUUGCAUUUUUAUGGGGAUUUCUAUUGAAAUUUGGGUUUUUCCACCAUGUAUGACUGCUCUUAAGUUUGAAAGGCAUGUGUUUUCAUCUGGAGAUUGUGACUUAAUAAAAAAAGCCACAAUUGCUUGAACGUUUGCAAGCACAGUGAACAGUUCUUCAGUUCCCAUGACAUUUCUUCCUUUACUUGUUGGGUGUGUAUGACUGAAAUAAAUGGUGUAACGCACUUGCA